CGUGAUUUCCUGUAUCCCGCCAUUUUCCAGUCCUUUGUUCAAGCGGUAAGGUUUUUCUUCUGGUAUUGAUUUCCAAAACCCUCGAAUAUUAGGUUGAGUGUUUAGCAACGAUGUAUCUUAUGUAUUACAUAAACGACAAUGGUGACAAAGUCUACACCACAAAGAAAGAAUCACCUCUAGGUUUGGUCGCACAAUCUGCUCAUCCAGCUCGUUUCUCCCCUGAUGACAAAUACUCGAGGCAGAGAGUUCUUCUUAAGAAGCGAUUUGGCUUGCUACCCACACAGCAGCCGCCUCCAAAGUACUGAACUCAAUGCAUUCUGAAAUCAGCUCUAUGGUGCUUCUCAAGUGUUUGUUUCCCAAACCCCCCCNCACCUAUAGAUAGAUCCUGACUUGGUUAAAACUUUGAUAGAUAGUUUUGCCUUUUUUUUUCUAUGGCUUGUAAUUGAGCUAUAAAACACAAUCACUCUUGAACCUAUCUUUAAGCUUGUCAUCGGCUUUAUAUUUGUACCGAACAUUGUUUUACUAAAAGCGAACUUAUUUACUUUGAAGAUCUGGUUUUAGUGCAAA